UUCUCUUCUUCCUUCUUCAUCAUCAGAAAUCAUCAAUAUAUUACACCAAAUCACCAAUCUCAUCUUCAUCAAUCGAUCGAUAUGCUUUCAUUACUUAUCACUUCCAUUAUCUACAUCUUCUCCGGCGUCUCCUUCUACGUAAUUCUCCGGCUGUUCUUGUAUCAAACGUCUCUUAUUCAUCUUCUAAUCAAAUGGAAACAUUCAGUUGAAGAUACAAUUUAUGUUCAUCAGUUCUUCAAAGUUCCACAAAUUAACAACGAUAACAGUACUCAACAGAAUCAAUUCUAUAAAAAAGUUCUUACAUACCUCAAUUCCACAUCUUCACUUGAGGAUUCCGACUUCACAAAUCUAUUCGCCGGUAAGAAAUCGAACGAUAUUGUUCUCUCACUCGACGAUAAUCAAACCGUACACGACGUUUUCCUCGGUGCUAGGGUUUCAUGGACAAACGAGAAGAAGAGGACUCUCGUUUUGAGGAUUAAGAAGAAGGAUAAACGAAGGAUUCUCCGUUCUUAUCUACAACAUAUACAUACUAUUUCCGACGAGAUUGAACAGCGCAGGGGAGAACUUAACCUUUUCAUUAAUCACAGUAGUAAUCGAGGAGAUGGAGAUGGAGAUGUGCGUUGGUCGUGUGUUCCGUUUACGCAUCAAUCGAGUUUCGAAACUAUGGUAAUGGAUUCAGAUGUUAAAGCGAGAGUGAAAUCUGAUCUCGAAUCAUUUCUCAAAUCUGAAGAGUAUUAUCAUCGGAUUGGCAGAGUCUGGAAGAAGAACUUCCUUCUAUACGGACCUUCAGGUACUGGUAAAUCGAGUUUUGUAGCGGCGAUGGCGAGAUUUCUAUCGUAUGAUGUUUACGAUCUCAAUCUAUCUCAAAUCUCAAAUGAUUCCGAUUUAAAGAUGCUUUUAUUACAAACAAAGAACAAAUCAUUGAUCGUCAUCGAAGAUCUGGACCUGUACCUGAAAUCGGAAUCUACAGCGGUGAGUUUAUCAGGUUUGUUGAACUUCAUGGACGGAAUAUUGAACUCCUGUUCAAGUGAAGAGAAAAUCAUGGUGUUUACGAUGAACAGUAAGGAUGAAAUCGAUCCGGCAAUACUCCGUCCAGGAAGAAUCGAUGUUCAGAUCUAUUUUCCAUUAUGCGAUUUCAAAUCGUUCAAACUUUUCGCUAAUAAUUAUCUCGGCGUUAAAGAACACAAGCUUUUUCAACAAGUGGAGGAGGUUUUUCAUACCGCUAAUAUAAGUCCUGCAGAGGUAAGUGAAAUCAUGAUCGCUAAUCGUGGAUCGCCUAGCCGUGCUAUGAAAUCGGUGAUCACGGCGUUGCAGACGAAGAAGAACGCCGGCGCCGAUCACCGGCGAUUGGAUGAUUCAGUUGAGCUUCUCCAGUCAGGCGUGUUUGGGAAGGAUAGUUUGCCGGUUAAGGAGUUAAGGAAGUUAUACGGUUUGUUGAAAUUGAAAACUUUGAAGAAAGUUGGACCGGUUGAUUAUGAUCCGGUUCUUAUAGAACCGGCUAUGAUUAAACGUUAAUCUAUGUAUAAUCUAUUGUCCCAAGUGUAAAUUUUCUCUUAGAUUAUUAGAAUUAACUUUUCAAUGUAUUUUAUAUAC